CUCUUAUUGUGCCCAUGCACGCCUUGCAUCCAGUCAGAGCGGACUGUCAAUACUAAAGCAAACCCUCGUGCGGACAGGGCCUGUUGAGACAUAUCACUAAAGGAACCAGCACUAUCUGGGUAGAUUCCUAGGUAUUGUAUAGCACCAGUGUCAAGAUGGCUCUCCCACCCAUUGUGACGGCCACUGCCCAGAGUGCAGUCCUAAGUGCGACAUCCAACAUCUUGGCCCAGGCAAUCACAGCCUACCGGAGUGACAAACAAUUUACAAUCGAUUGGAUACCGGUCUUCCAAUUUUUCUGGUUCACUGUGGUGUCGACACCCCCCAACUUUCUUUGGCAAGAUUUUCUCGAGUCCUCAUUUCCAGCUUCCAAGACCGUCCCGUCUUCAGAGGCCAUCAAGUCAGCUUCCGGUUCCAAUGAGAAAGAGCUCGACCGCGAGGCCCGUGAGGGCAAGCUCGUCGAGACCAAGCUCGACGUGUCCAACACGAUCAUUAAAUUCAUUCUUGACCAGACUAUUGGUGCGGCCAUCAACACUCUGAUGUUCAGCUUUUUCCUCCACAGCAUAAAGCAGGCCAUGGCUCACCGACCACUGGCCGCGGACCUGUCAGACAUUGCGUUCCUGGCCAGUGGCAAGGCCAUCGAUUACAGCCAGGUUGACUGGAGGCUGGUGCUUGAGCAAGCUAAAGUAGAGUUCUAUCCCAUCAUGAGGGCCGGGCUAAGCCUCUGGCCCAUGGUCAGCUUAUUCAACUUUGUGGUGGUGAAAAGCAUCGAGGGCAGGAAUCUGGUUGGCUCAUUGGCCGGUGUUGUCUGGGGGGUCUACAUGAGCCUGGUGGCAGCUAGUUAGGGUUUUUGUGGGGCCUGGAUGUGAGGAAGACAUGGAGGAGGCAGCAGAGCCACUCAGAUUCGUUGCGUAUAGACACAAAAGUGUCUAGUUGGAAUCCCUAGGGUGGGAAUGUCACUGGCGUGUGCUUAGGCGGAACACCCGUUAGACUAGAACAAAUCACAUAGAAGUCAAAUUCAUGAGA